UAUUGUAGAUUAAUGGUAAUUUAUAGUUCGACCGAGUGGGACAGCGGAAGGAUAUCAGACUUGUUUCCUAUAAAGUCCGCAUCGCCGCUCUUUGUUCGUUAAACCUGACAGCAACCGGCAGAGAGUGAACCGAGCACCGGUGGGAACCAAUUGUUUUGUCAAAAUGCAGAUCUUUGUGAAAACCCUGACUGGCAAGACCAUCACUUUAGAGGUGGAGCCCAGUGACACCAUUGAAAAUGUCAAGGCCAAGAUCCAGGACAAGGAAGGCAUCCCUCCCGACCAGCAGAGGCUGAUCUUUGCUGGCAAGCAGCUGGAAGAUGGCCGCACCCUGUCUGACUACAACAUCCAGAAGGAAUCCACCCUCCAUCUUGUGCUCCGUCUGAGAGGAGGCAUGCAGAUCUUCGUGAAGACCCUGACUGGCAAGACCAUCACUUUGGAGGUGGAGCCCAGUGACAGCAUCGAGAACGUGAAGGCCAAGAUCCAGGAUAAAGAGGGCAUCCCUCCCGACCAGCAGAGGCUGAUCUUUGCUGGCAAGCAGCUGGAAGAUGGCCGCACCCUUUCCGACUACAACAUCCAGAAGGAGUCCACCCUCCACCUUGUCCUGCGUCUGAGGGGAGGCAUGCAGAUCUUCGUGAAGACCCUGACCGGCAAGACCAUCACUUUGGAGGUGGAGCCCAGUGACAGCAUCGAGAACGUGAAGGCCAAGAUCCAGGAUAAAGAGGGCAUCCCUCCCGACCAGCAGAGGCUGAUCUUUGCUGGCAAGCAGCUGGAAGAUGGCCGCACCCUGUCUGACUACAACAUCCAGAAGGAGUCCACCCUCCAUCUUGUGCUCCGUCUCCGUGGAGGAAAGUAAUGCAUCUCUGCUUUAAAGAUGUCUCCAUAGACCCACCCAUCUAUUCCAGUGUUUAAUUCGCUCCUCCUGCUCCAGCUGUCGGUCAUUUCAUUCUUUUUUUUUUUUUAAGUUUCAAUAAAGGUUAAGCAUUCCUGACUUUUGCUUUGACUUUUCAUUUUGACUGCUUUAGCUGACAGUUAAUGUUAAAUGUGUUUUUGGGGUUUCAGAACUUGCCGUGAGGUAAUUUUCAUCUGUUUUGUUGAAAAAUUAAUACACAAGCACGAUGUAAAAAUCAAAUUGGAUCCAAGUUUGUGGUUAAUGUGGUCCAGCAUAGAUAAAAGUUCACUAUCGGGUAUCUGUUACCAAGGUGGUAGAUAAAUGUUCAUUGUGUCUUUCAUUAUAACCCCCAGAGUGGAGCCUCUAUGAAAAUGCUGCUGUAAAAUGUUGAUCAUAACUAAUAAAAUGGCUUCUCAUUGUCA